GCAAGCAUCGCGAACGCCUCUUAUACGAUCUCCGACUCCUGAACGCGCGGAAGUGAAGUGCAGCCGAGGAUCAGGCUUCUAUAUCCUUAAAGAGGUGCGAGUGUAACACUCCCCUGUGCUUUAAGGUUCUGAAAAAUAAAUCCGUGGCUUAGUUUCUAGCCCUUGGGAAUACACACUUCAUUCGGAUACAUCAUAUAAUUGAGUUCUAAACGAAAGUAAAGAUGCCUUACCACCGACUGAGUACACUGGGCCUGCUCCUACUAUCUUUGGUCUGCGCCAGAGCCGACGUGGGCUACCAUUACAACAGACCCACGGCACCUUCGGCUCCCUCGGGACACGGAUCGGUGUACACGGGUCACCAGUUCAGUGCCCUGCCCACAGUUCAGCCGCUGCCACCGGUUCCGGCCCUUCCGCCCCUUCCCACGGCCAGGGUUCCGCUUCCGAGGAGUCGUCCCACAGCUCCUGCCACCAGCAUUGUUAGUCACUAUCUGCCUUCCAAGCCAGUGGUUUCCACAUACAUUCCACCGCCAGCGGCUUCCCCUAUUUCGUCCAUAAGUUUCCAUGGAACGCCCACUUUCAAGCCCGUCUACGGACCUCCUUCUCCUCCUCCGUCUGUAGGGCUGAGCCAGCCGAUCCCCACACUGGCCACGCCCAUUGUGGUGCCGCCCACUGGACCAGCUCCCCUGAACCAAGGAGGAAACCUUCGCAUCCCCUUCGGCAAGCAGGCCCUGAUUUCUCCCGGAGAAUCCUACGUGUCCAAUGGAAGGCAUCUGAAGCAGUAUGCCGUCAUCGAGAUCAUAGACAACGACAUCGAUGAGACGCCGGCUCCCUUCCUCUCGGGCUCCAGUUUCUUCGAUCGCUAUGGCGCACAUGUGGGUGCUCCCUCGGGGAAUGGAAUCCAGAUUGAUUCUAGGGCCAAUUCCCUGCUGCUGGAACAGCAGCAACUGGCCAUCCAGCCGAGAUCUCAGGGAGGAUCGCCGGGAGGAGAUGCCAUCGCCUUGGGAUCGGGUGGUCUGGGCUUUGUGCGAUUGCCCAACGGAAAUGUGUACCUGGGCUCCGGAUCGCUGGGCUACAUCAGUGGCCAGCAGCGGGUGGCUUCCCUACUGGAGGCUCGCACUCGAUCGGAGUCCAUCCAGGACGCCCUGCACUUCGGCCAUGGUCCCCUGGGCGGAGCCGACAACCUGCUGAGGUUCAAAUAGAGGGCUGAGGCAGAGGCUACCUUCCCUACCCACUCGCACAUCGCCACACCUACAUCUAUUGAAACAUGUAUAUUUUAUUGUAAAUAUGUAAUUAAAAAACUUUCUUGUUUGUGUAGACUGUAAGCUUGCUUAAACUAUUCGAGGUUCUUGUGCGUUUGUCCUACGCGAAACAUCGAAACAUGAUCAAAUAAAAACAAAUAUGGUUAAAAAUA